AUGAGGCCGAGUCGUCUUUUGUCCAUCGCGGCUGUGGCUGCUUCGGCAGCCGAAGCAACCGUGCUGCCCGAGGAUUCGGUUCAGGAGCAGGGGCCAAUGAAGAUGGACGUAAAGGGCUCGGGAGAUUUGAUCUGGGAAGGGUUACCGACGCGGGACUCUGUCAGCGGGGCCGUGCUAGGUGCUAUCGGCGCCGGGACACGUCUGGGCAGAUGGGCAGUGGGAUACUCUGACCGCGACGGGGCGGUGGAGAUCAAGACUACGAUCGAUGCUCCACAGCAAGCCGGUGAUGCCCCGAGGCCGGAUCAAAAUGGAGAAACGGACGAGCCGACAAACAUGAGCGUCAUCGACAUCAUCCGGCAGAGCGACCGAGCGACAUACUUUUCCAAGCUUUUGGAGUCGUACGACAAGCUCCGAAGGAUGCUCGAAGACGGGAGCCGGGAGUUCACCGUCUUUGUGCCCACCGACGAGGCAUUCCGGGCGCUCGAGGGGUUCGAGAGGAGCGGGGGCGCGCUGCUGGGGGAGAUGCUCGAGUACCACGUCGUCGAGGGCCGGCAUACCGCCGACGGACUCCGCGGGGCGGGAACCCUUGCGACGGUCCUCGAAGAGUACGACCUCGGCGGCCGGCGGCAGAGGUUGAGGAUUGGGGUCGGGUUGCUGGGGCUCGAGGUGAACCUUUACGGCCGGGUUGUUGGCCAAUCUAAAGAAGGGAGAGACGGGAUGGUGCACUACCUCGACGGAGUCCUCGUACCGCCGCCGCGGUGCGCCACGCUCGCCGAGGCGUUGCCGGGGCGGCUGGGGACGUUUUCGCGGGCGCUGGGGAGGACCGAGUUGGGCAUGGAGGGUGAGUCGCGGCGCGGCGGCAGCGUGACGCUUUUUGCGCCGUCGGAUGAGGCGUGGGAGGAGACACUGAGCGGCGAGGGCCGACGGUUCCUAUUUUCCAGGGAGGGGACGGCGUGGCUGCGGGCGCUGGUGAGGUAUCACGUCGUCGAGGGGGCGGUGUACAUGGGCGGGGGUGCUAGGGGAGAGGAUGGAAGGGGCAGCAGGGAGGUCCGGAAUCUGCUGGGGGACAAAGUCUCGGUGGAGGUUGAUGGGCCGGAGGGGGCGGGUGUGGUGCGGGUGGACGGGGUGGCGGUCUCAGUGAGGGACGUGCCGGCGCGGGACGGGGUUCUGCACGUCCUGGACGGCGUGCUUCUCCCGCCGGCGCCGGGGGCAGAGACUGGGGUGGCGGGCGGGCGCCGCGGUCGGGUCAGCGUCGAGGGGCUCAAGGCGCGGCUGGGCCGGUUCGUGAAAGAGGCGGACGGGGUCGAGAGCGAGGAGCUGUAG